AUGCCGCUACAUCUACUGGGCAAGAAGUCUUGGAACGUCUACAAUGCAGACAACAUCGCCCGUGUUCGCCGCGAUGAGGCUGCCGCAAAGGCCAAGGAGGAGGCUGAGGAGCAGCGCAUGCAAGAGGUCGAUGCCGAGCGCCGACUAGCUAUCCUACGGGGCGAGGAACCAUCACCACUGCCGCCAACAGAAGAAACUCCUGAAGAUGAGCCAAGACGUCGGGACCGUGAUGCCGGUUCGUUCGGCAGGGAGAGGAAGAAGCGCAAGCGCGCUGGUGAGGACGACACUGACUUUGAGUUACGUGUUGCAAGAGAGCGUUCAGGCGUCGUGCAGACAGCCAACGAGACCUUGCGCAAGUCAACCAGCUCUGCGCCGAUCGUAGAUGCAGCUGGGCACAUUGACCUCUUUGGCGACGAACGAAAACAGGGUCGUCAUCUUAAAAAUGAAGAGGCGGAGAAGGAGGCUGCAAAAAAGAAGAAGGAAAUCGAGGACCAAUACACAAUGCGAUUGUCAAAUGCCGCCGGGAAGGACGGCCUGGUCGGCCCUUGGUACGCAGCAUCUGGAUCAAGAGCUGAACUAGCAGAGCUCGAGCCAGCCGGCAAGGACGCAUUCGGAAAUGAAGACCCAGGAAGAAAGAAGAGAAACGAACAGAGGAUAGUUGCGAACGAUCCUCUUGCCAUGAUGAAGAUGGGAGCAUCCAGAGUAAGAGAAGUGAAGAAGGAGCGCCAAAGAUUUGAAGCUGAGCGACACAGAGAGCUUGAGCAGCUGCGCAAGGAGGAGAAGCUAAAGGAGAGACAUGAGCGGCGGAGACGAGAGCACCGGAGGGAUAAAGAACGCCACCCUCGAGAUAGAUCUCGUGGAGAGGAUGAUGCGAACGAUAUCCUCGGUCAAGCCGAGACGAUGAGCGCCCCCGGAGCAGGGAACGUCAUCAUGAAGAGAGAAGCCAACGACAUGAAAGAAGGGAUGAAGGCGAUAGGCUAUCCAGAAGAGAUGAGAGGAGCCGCCACGAAGGAAGAGUUGAGACGAAAAUCGAACGAAGCAAACGAGACUCUGAUUCGCGACAACGAGAUGACCAUCGGCGGCCAGGAGAACCUCGAGAGCCAAGCAAAUUCUAAUUACAGCAGUAGGAAUGAUAUAUCUAGCUACAAGAGAAGGGCAGAAAAUAGCUACUUGUGA